CACGUGUGGAAGUGCCGCCUAUCAGCGUCGGCGCUGCGAUCUCUGUUCACGCCGUCUUCCAGGUCAACAGUAGCGCUUCCGAAUGACUGCCGACGGGCUCAACAGCGGCGCAUUUGUGUGUUUCGAUCACAUUCGAUUCAUUGUUGGUAACGCUAAACAGGCAGCCUACUGGUACUGCGCUAAUUUUGGUUUUGAACCCUUCGCUUAUCGAGGUUUGGAAACAGGAAGCCGUCAAGUCGCUCAACAUGCCGUAAGACAAAACAAGAUUGUAUUCGUAUUCGAGUCUGCUCUGUUGCCAAAUAACAAAGAAAUUGGCGAUCACCUAGUGAAGCAUGGUGAUGGCGUAAAGGAUGUUUGCUUUGAGGUGGAUGAUGUCGCCGCUAUCAUGGAGCACGCAAAAAGCGUUGGUGCUGAAGUUGUGAAGGAUGUGACGGAGGAGUCUGACGAACAUGGAACCAUCAAAUACGCUGUUGUGAAAACGUACGGUGACACAGUCCACACUCUUCUGGAGAGAAAGAAGUACAAAGGACUAUUCCUACCCGGAUUCAAACCUCACCCUUCAAGCAAAGUUUUCUUUCAAAGUCUGCCAAGGGCUGGGCUAAAUUUCGUUGAUCACUGCGUGGGCAAUCAACCGGAUCUUGAAAUGAACUCUGCUGUGGAAUGGUAUGAGAAAGUGCUGUGCUUCCAUCGAUUCUGGUCAGUAGAUGACUCUAUGAUCCACACUGAGUACUCCGCUCUGCGCUCCAUUGUCGUCACUAAUCACGAAGAAACCAUCAAAAUGCCCAUAAAUGAGCCAGCAAUGGGAAAGAAGGCAGUCUCGCAAAUUCAGGAAUACGUCGACUACUACGGCGGCGCAGGAGUUCAGCACAUAGCUCUAAACACGAGCGACAUCAUCAGUGCCAUUGAAGCACUUCGAGCUCGAGGCGUAGAGUUCUUGACCAUUCCGAAGUCCUACUACGAUAAUUUGCGUACGAGAUUGAGCAAAAGCGGCACAAAGAUCACCGAGGACAUGAAUCGUCUGCAAAAACUGCACAUUUUGGUCGAUUUUGAUGAAAAUGGCUAUCUCCUACAGAUUUUCAGUAAACCAUGUGAAGACCGACCAACUCUUUUCAUAGAAGUUAUACAACGGCAUAAUCAUCAGGGCUUCGGCGCCGGGAACUUCAAAGCUUUGUUCGAGUCUAUAGAAUUGGAGCAGAACGAGCGUGGCAACUUAUUCUAUGAAGAUGUCGCAACUGGUGGAAAGAGAAUCUAGAAUCUCAACUGCCUUAUACCGAAAAUAAACAUGAUUC